CGAGUGCAGAUGCAGGCGGGACGCGUGGAGCUGUUGACGGCGGCCGAGUGAGUGCUCCCUCUCCCGGCCUGCGCCUGUCUUAUCUGCGCGGUGGCUUGUGGGUGUGUGAGCGUCGAAGUAAAAUGGCGGACUUGGCGAACGAAGACAAGCCUGCCAUAGCGCCCCCUGUGUUUGUUUUCCAAAAAGACAAAACUCAGAAGCGAUCUGCAGAGGGCUCAAGUGCAGAGGAUGGAGAAGAUUCAGAUAAAGACGAGGCGAACUACUUCCCUCCAGUAAAAAGGGAGCGGACUUCAUCAUUCCCGCCACUACAGUCGGUUCCCAAGAACAACAUAUUCAUGCCCCCCAGUUUCUGCCAGUCUCCGACUGGGAACUCUGACUCUGAGCCUGAGGAGAAGCCAGUUGGGUUCCGAUUAAAGCCGCCAACUCUCAUACACGGGCAGGCGCCCAGUUCAGGCGUCCCGAGUCAGAAACCGAAAGAGCAACAACGCAGCGUUCUCCGCCCGGCGGUUCUUCAAGCGCCACCCUCCAAAUCCCACACAGAGUCUAACUCCACUUGCGGAACCAAUGGCGUGAAGAAGUUGUCAGACGGCCCUUCAGUCGCCCAGUCCCUUUUCCUGAACAACACAGAGCACUCAGCCGCCCCGAACAUGUCACUGAAACACGAAAAUGAGGAAGACGGCCCAAGUGACGUCAAAGAUGAAGGAGGGAACGAGAAGGAGGAAGGAGAUGUAGCAAAUUCUUUUGUAUUUGGUCAGAAUAUCAAAGACAGAGCAAAGUUGGACCAGAACAGUAAAGAAGAAAAGUCAAAGGACAUUCUUCCAGGAGACUGUCAAGCAGAGGGAACCAAUUAUUUCUUGCAGUACAUCUCUACCCCAAGUUUAAAUAAUGCCUCAAACAGUGCAGACAGUGGGGCGAAAUUUGUGUUUGGACAGAACAUGUCCGAACGAGUUUUGAGUCCUCCCAAGGGCGAGACUGCCAAUGAAGAUAGUAAAGAGGUUCCAGAGGCUUUAGAGCCCCCGUCACAGGAGGCCACCCCAGAGAAGGCAUUGAACAGCGUGUCGGAGUCUUUGGAGGAGUCUGCCGCCGCCUACACCAAAGCCACAGCCAAGAAGUGCAUCUUAGAGAAAGUGGACGUGAAAACCGGGGAAGAAUCAGAAAGCAACGUUUUACAGAUGCAGUGCAAGUUGUACGUCUUCGAGAAGACGGCACAGUCGUGGAUAGAGCGAGGGCGGGGUCUACUGCGGCUUAACGACAUGGCGUCAACGGACGAUGGCACGCUACAGUCGCGUCUAGUGAUGAGGACCCAGGGCAGCCUUCGGUUGAUCCUCAACACUAAACUUUGGCCCCAGAUGCAAGUGGAUAAGGCAAGCGACAAAAGUGUACGGGUCACGGCCACAGACACAGAGGAUCAAGGAGUCAAGGUCUUCCUAAUAUCGGGUAGUUCCAAGGAUGUAGGUCAGCUGGCGGCGGCAUUGCAUCACCGGAUUUUGGCCCUAAAAAGCCGGGCGGAGCAGGAGCCCGAAGCCCCCGUGACAACCAUCCCCGACGCCGAGGUGCCGCAGUCCAACGAGGACGACAGCGAUGAGGAAGGCAGCGCCUCCGCUUCCGCAACGACUAACACCGAGGGAGGAGAGAACCAGGCUGCGGGGAGCACAUAGCGCUAUCCCUCUGAGACAGCCUGCAGAGAUGCCACUUUGGAGGCAUUUUUCUUCUGUUGGCAUCUCCACGGACACCCCCUUUGACCAACGUGGUCCCUCCAGACCAGUAACUUUUGGAUAUUAGAAUUCUAGCUCCAGGAAAUAACCUCCCCAGUCCCCCCACCCCCCAGUGCCGAAGUGUCUCCCACCCCACCAGCCAAUCUGCGUCAUCAAAGGAGUACUUUCCUCCUCCUGUUGUUGGAUUUUCUCCUCUACGUCCCCCGCUCCCAUUCCCCCCACUAGCAAAAAUAAAGACUUCAGAGCUUUGGUUUGGGACUUUUCUGCUCAUCAUAUUGAUGAGUGUAAAGGGUGUUUUUCCUCUACAUUUUAAAGUAUGGCACAUGUUAAGACUGCAGUUUCUACUUUGGGACCUUUCUACUUCAAUGUACAGCCCCCCCACCCCAAACUCCUGCGUUCUCUGGAUGCCACAUCCAUGUUACCCGAGUCCCAAAUUUUGCAGUGCGUUAGACCAGGUCUGUUCUGUCAGCUCGUCUAUAUCGAGCCCUCCACAAACUCCCCUUCCAUCCCAGCCCUAUCCCAAAACCUGAUCAGUGUGUUUGGUUUUGGCAACUGUAAUUUAUUUUUGGGGGGGGGGAGGGGGGGUCAUGAGGCAUCUCAACGUUUGUGCUAUUUGUAACAGCUAGGCGAGAGUCCACUCAACUUGUCAUUAAUAGCAUUUUCCUUUGAUUUCCUAUCAAUCUAUAUUCUAGUGAAUAAAGGACUGAAACCAUGCAGCUUUCUGUUCAUGUGAUGACUUUGAAGGGCAGAAGAAUUCUAUUUCCCCCCACAUUUUUUUUGUUUCAGAGAAGUUCGACUGUCAAUCAUCCUGCAUGUAAUCAUUUGUAUUUCUUUAAAACAUCCCAGGGCUUUAUUGUGUUUAUAUUUUUAUUUACAUUUUGAAAAACAUGUUGGAAGGAAACUGCGUGCGUGUGGAAUAAUUGGCAUGAUAACUGUACUAUCCCUUUUUUUUUUUUUCAUCAAAUGUACAUUUUUGAAUACAAUAUAUCAUUUAUUGGCGCACCAUUUUUUCAUCACCAACUCCUGCUCCUUCCUCAUCCUUUACAAAAUAAACCUCUGCCAUAAAU